AUGUGGAAGAACAAGUUUUCUCACGAACCAACCCCCAUCGCCCACAAACCUGCUAAAUUUCAGAACAGCGGAACCAACAAGAAAGUUCCAACGUGCAACAAUUCCGCCAGGGACAAUUUAAAGAAAGAAAUAUUAAAGGGCUUACGCAUGGUGCUUCAAGAAACAAAUAAUAUCCCUACUGCAUGUGAUCCGGUGAGAGUUGCUGCUUCUUUGGAGUCGGAAUUGUUUCUGAAGUGGGGAGUCUUGAGUAAUGGAAAUCGUAAUAAAUACAAUUCAGUCUUGUCUAAACUCAAAGAUCGGAGAAACUCAGAUUUUCGGACAAGAAUUCUGAUGGGAGAAAUCAGUCCUGAGAAAGUAGUUUUCUUGAGUACGCUUGAGAUAGCCAGUGAUCUCAUGAAAGCCCGCGAUCGAGCUCAAGUAAUGAAAGGUAGGGAAGAGAAAGGGAGACAGAAAAGAGAGGUUAAAGCGAGUGUGUCUGAAAGAAGAGGAUUGCCAGCCCUAACCCAGCCAGUCAUGGCUGGUAGGCUCGAAGCACUCGCCACACCUUGCUUGUGGUGCUGCUGCUUUUGCCACGCGUUCCCCACUCAUUCGCUGUGGGGGCCUUCAAUUAACAACCACCUCAGCUAG